UUCCCCCCCACACCCCAACCUCAUCCCACGUCUGCUCCCCGCCCCUCCAGAAAAAGGUUGCAAGGGACUCUGUGAGGCGUGAAGCUCUGGCCCCUCCUGCCCUACAUUGCUGCGAGUUAGUGCCCUCCUCUGAGGUGUCUGUACCAGCCACUGGCAAGCAGCGUCCGCUACGCACGCAGUCUUUGGCUGUCUAGUAUCAGCAAUGGGCGCCGCGGCCUCUUCGGCUCUGACUCGCCUCCGCUUUGCGCUUCCAGCCUCGUCGCAGCCCAGGGCGGCCUUGUUUGGGGCGGCCGCUCUGGGACUGGCUGCCGUGGCGGCGCUGGGGGCCGCUGCCUGGAGCACUAGGGGUCGGAGAUGGCGGCGGCGGCGACACCGGCGGCUGCAGCAAGUGGGCACGGUAGCCCAGAUCUGGAUCUACCCCAUCAAGUCUUGCAAGGGGGUGUCUGUGAACGAGGCUGAUUGCACCGAAAUGGGCCUACGUAGCGGCAGCCUGAGGGACAGGUUUUGGCUGGUGAUCAAGGAGGAUGGCCACAUGGUCACAGCAAGGCAGGAGCCUCGCCUGGUACUGAUCUCCAUAACGUGGGACAAUGACCAAAUGACCCUCAGUGCUCCAGAUAUGAAUGAUCUGGUCAUACCUAGCACACAACCAUCUACCAAUGCCAUUCAAAACUGCAGGGUAUUUGGUGUUGACAUUCAGGGUAGAGACUGUGGAGAUGAAAUAGCUCAAUGGAUCACCAGCUUCUUAAAAUCAGAAACAUUUCGACUGGUUCAGUUUGAGACCCAGAUGAUGGGAAGAAAAUCAAAAGAAAUUUUCCAACCCUUUAUUCAGAAUUACCAGGUGGCUUAUCCUGAUUGCAGUCCCAUAAUGAUGAUCUCAGAAGCUUCCCUGUCAGAUCUGAACACCAGGCUUGAGAAGAAAACCAAAAUGGAACAGUUUAGACCAAAUAUUGUGGUGACCGGUUGCAGUGCUUUUGAGGAGGACACCUGGGAUGAAAUUCUAAUUGGGAGUGUGGAAAUGAACAAGAUUUUGGCAUGCCCUAGAUGUAUCAUGACAACAGUGGAUCCAGACACUGGGAUCAUUACUCGGAAAGAACCUCUGGAAACACUGAAGAGCUACCGCCUCUGUGAUCCAGCAGAGAAGCAUAUAUACAAGACAUCCCCACUCUUUGGAAUGUAUUUUUCAGUGGAAAAAAAUGGAAACCUAAAAGUGGGUGACCCCGUGUAUAUGAUAACUCAGUGAUGGAAGUCCUGGAGGUGAAAAGUGAUAUGGUAUCUGAUAUGGUUACAGGACGGGAAAGGGAUUGACCAAGAUCACACAGCAACUUCUCGGCAGAUCUCAUGAAACUUUUCAGUAGAUUUGUCUUGGAAAAAAACCCUUUACUAUUUUUGACUCUCUAUUGAACUUUAUGUUCUGUAUGUUAAUGAAACAAAAGUAAUAAGUAUUAUGGGGGAUGGAAUAGAUGAAGAAGAAUUAAUAAUAGUAAUAAUAGGCUAAACGUUCUGUGGGUGCAAAAAAAUUGGAAACGUAGAUGGCUGUUGACUGGGGAAUGGCUAAACAAAUUAUGGCACAUGAGUGUAAUGGAAUAUUACUGUUGUUUAAGAAAUGAUUAAUAUGUUGAAUACAGACAAGCACAGACAGACUUAUAUCAUCUGAGAUAAAGUGCAAUAAACAAGUCCAAGAAAACAAUAUGUGCAAUGACUAUAAGAGUUCAACAGAAUUAAUGUAACAAAAUUAAACAGAAGGAAUAGCUAUGAAAGACUAAAAAGUGAAUGCUGAAAAUGUAGAGAGAACAAGCAUGACCCGAAGGACAGAAAUGGGAAAACGCCCUCACCUCAUUCCUUUGCAGAGGAGGGAUGUCCAGGGGUAUGGUAUACUACACAUAUUUUCAGAUUUUUUUGUAUGUAUCUAUUGAUUUUUUCCUUUUUCCUUAAAAAUAUUAUUUGGCACUCUUAAAGGAGAGAAGAGGGGGGACACUGAAAAAUUCUGGUGAUGUAAAAACAUCAAAAGAUACCAAUAACAUUUAUUUAAAAUAAUAGACUAAUAAUUAAAAAUGACAUGUCUUAAAUCCCUAAUUUCAGUAUUAUUGAGGAAGAAAAAUGGAAAGGACUGAGGGAAAACCAGUAAGCCUUUUAAAGUAUAAUGUUUCUGACAUUCUCCAUUUGAGGAUAAAAUGGAGGACUUAGAGACUUGAUUCUUUUAUAUCUUCCUACUGUCUUCAUACUUCAUAAACCACUUGUUACCUUUUUUCCUUGACAUUAGGAAAUAGGAUUGUAAUUGAUCUGUGAGUUUUUAAUGUGGAGAGAUGCUAUUUAGAAAUUUUUCUGGGAGAGAAAUAUUCUCAAUAAGAAUGGAGGAGAGGGGAAUGGAAUUUCAAUCAGAAUGGAAUGUUUAAGGCAGGGAUUAGCCCAAGGGAAGAAAAGAAUGUUUUUAGAGAUAUUCAGAAUUUGUUAAAACUAAUGGAAAUGUCCCAUUUUAGCAGUAUAAGAAAGAAAUCUCCUGAAACCAGAUUUUCAGUGAGAUAAUCUACUUCUGCUCUUAUGGUAUUUUUAUUGUAAUAAAUAUAAAUUCAAAUUAAA